GUCUCUUGUGGCAGGUCAAGAAAUAAUCUUCCCUCUCCUCAUUUCCUUCCUCCUUCCUAACUCUUGCAACUCCCUUCCCCCAUAAGAAGUCCCCACCCCAACCUCGCUUUUAUCUUCGUCCCGAUUCACAGAAACUAGAAGAAGCCAAGCUAUCGGGAGCAAAUGGAAGUGGUGGUGCCAAUGGCACCAGGCCAAGAUUUCCAUUUCCAGAGUGCAUCAACCUCACCAUAUGUGAGUGCUCCGUCGAGCCCCAAGCCCUUCGGCAACCCCUCCGACUGCUACUUCUACGCCAGUGCCCCCACUAGCCCAUCCCGAGCUGCAGCCGUCUAUGCCCAUUUCUUUGAUUGGGAGGACAAACCUAGCAGGCCAAAGCCUGAUGAUGAUGAUGAUGAUGGGGAAUUCGACUUCGCCGUCGGUUUCGACAGGCAGCUACAGAAGAAGGGACCGACGACAAAUCUCGCCGCUGCCGACGAGCUCUUCGAGAACGGACGGAUUCGGCCUUUGAAGCCUCCUCCCCAUCUCCAUCAUCCUAUAAAGGAUGAUACGAGAGGUACGACUUGGCAAGGAGGUGGUGGUUUGAGAUCUCCUCAGGUGGUAUCGGAGGAGAAAGUGGUGAAAGAUAGAGGGAGGACUCCCUCUACUCUUUCCACCACUCGUGCUGGAAGUAGGAGAGGGUCGAGAUCUCUCUCUCCUAUUAGGGGAGAUGGGGACUUCCACAAGUCCCUCACCUCCUCCUCCUCCUCCUCCACCACCACCACCACCACCACCUCCUCUUUGAUAAGGAGUGGGGGUAGCAAGAAGUGGAGGUUGAAAGACUUGCUCCUAUUCAGGAGUGCAUCGGAAGGACGUGUGAUCGGGAGAGGAAGCAAAGAUCCUCUACGCAAGUACACCAUGCUGUCGUCCUCCCGAUCGUUGCUGCCAUCUUUGUCCAACAAGCGAAGGUCGUCGGGAAGGGAGGAUGCGAAGAAUUCCGGGUCCAAGCCAGGUGAUAAGAAUGGUUCCGUGAGAAGAGGAAGCUCGCAGGCCGCCACCUCUGCGCACGAGGUGCACUACACCACGAACCGUGCGGUGUCGGAGGAGCUAAAGAAGAAGACACCUCUGCCUUUCAACCGCCAUGGACUCUUCGGUUGCCUGAGCUUCAACCCGGCCAUCCGCAGCAUCACCAGAGGAUUCGGCAGCCACUCAUUCUCUCGGGGAAAGUCUUAAUUCACCGAUCGAUCGAGUUGAAUUGUUCUUUCAUAAUGUUUAUUAUUUGUUCAUUUUUGUUAAUAUCAAUGAGGAAAUGUAAUCUAUCUGAUAUCAAUGAUAUCAAUAGUCUUUCUCAUCUUUUCUUUGAAAACCCAGGGAGGAUGAUGGAAGAAAUUUAUUGCCAAUGAAUGUUAUGUACGCUUGUGAGUCUUGUA